AUGCCGUUGUUACCGCCAAGUGGUCCUGUUUUAAAAAGGGAGAACAGUGAAACUGAGUCUGAUGGUCCAGAAAAUAAGUGGGAUGUUAAACAUUUUCGCAGUGUUCGUCCGUUUCGCUCUCUGCUAGAUCAUUUUUGAGCUGGAGGCUAAUUUUAGGCGUCUUGCAACCGGAAUGGCGCAGAAAAUCACUCGCCAAAUUAUCCAUUCGACGAGUGCUCCAGCUGCAAUUGGACCUUACAGGUUUUUAUAUUUUUAUCACUAAGUUUUCAGUAGAGCCGUGUAUUCUGCCUGUUCGGGUGUUUUUCAACUACGUCUUUUUCCUUCACCAGGAUCUAGUUGUUAGGUUUCGAAAAGGCUGUGAAAGAGUUUAGGAUAUAUACCAAAGGUUUGAAGGAAACCUCUCGAAGAGUGUUUAAGGCCGUGCUCAAAGUAAUUCCGCAAAAUUAACAACUUUCAUGGAGUGAAAAAGAUUUCCAUUCAUUAGUUUUCAAGGAUGGGAAAAUGUUUGAUGUUUCGCUUUUUUAUUUAUAUGGUGUAUUUAAGAACUGUUUGAAAACAUUUCAGGUUCUCUCGUGUUAAAAAGAGUAUUUAUCGAAAAGUUUUAGUCAAGCAGUGAGAGCUGGUAACACUAUCUAUCUGAGCGGAUCGUUAGGGCUGGACCCACAUAGUGGAGAACUGAAGAACGGCGUCGUCGAACAGACUCACCAGUCGUUGAAAAACAUUGGCGAAGUGCUCAAGGCCGCCGGCGUUGGUUACAACAACGGUUUGUUCUUGCCGCAUAUUGCAAAAUUCACAACUUUCUCAGUUGUCAAAACAACUGUUCUGUUAGCGAACAUCAACGAUUUUGCGGCUGUCAACGACGUCUACAAAGAAUAUUUCACGGAAAAGUUCCCGGCCAGAGCCGCCUACCAGGUGCUAUAACAAUCACUUGAAAAAAGGCAAAGCUCCGCCCACUGCCCGUCAAAUUCUUGCUCAGUUGAUUGAAAUAACUUAUAACUUAUGUCGCGCACAUGGAAAGCUCACUCCGGUAUAUGCGUGUUAUUUAUAGAUUGAAGUUAAGACUUUCAAAACAAACGUAGUUUCCGAACUUCUAGCCCAAAAUUCAAGAAAAUCCCUGAGAACGACAAUAAGUUGAAAAAUAAAGGUAAUGAAAACAAACUGCCGACGGUUUACAAACUGAAUUAAGGUUUAAAACACCUUUACCUGUUCUUAAAAACAAAUUUUUUGGGAAAUUCCUUCGACUUCUGCGAAAAAUUUGCGAAAUGAUUUUUCCUCUUCUUCUGAGUUAUACCUUCCGAUGUCAAUACCGUGGAAUACAAAAACUUAUUUUUUUUCAUUUUCGUAAUGACUUUGAAUUUUUCAAGGAAAAAAAUAUCGAGUUGGCCUAAAGAAAUGAGCCUUUCGAUAGGAAUUAGUUCUAUUUGAAAAAAAGAUCACAAUAGAUUGAUGAAAAACGUAUCCACCAUAUUCUAUCUCUAACGUCUUUUCGAUGGACCGAACUUUUCUGAAUAUUGUUUUGACGUAAAUAUACAAACAAAUGGCCAAAAGGUUUAUUUUAUUUACCAAUCUAAAAGAAAAAUAGCGCUCAUUGCAAAACCUAUUUGAAUCAGAAAUAUUCAAGUUUAAGAUAUUCAACGCGAACUUCAUGCGUUCACCUUUUUGUGGAAAAAUUUUUAAAUUUUUUCGAAAACGGAACAAAAACGAAUGAACAAAUUUGAAGGUAGCAGCCUUGCCAAAGGGCGGACUCGUCGAGAUCGAAGCCGUCGCGGUUGCAGGAGAAGUCCAAGACGUCUGA